AUGUGGACUUUAUCACCCUUUGCAAAAUUUUUAUUCUUUGCAAACUUCAUUAAUCUAUCCAUUUCCACAGAAAUUAUCAUCAUUAAAGAUGAUGUAGAUAUCAAAAACAGUCUAUGAAACGAAACAGUGGUAAUAAACUUUCUUCAAAAUUCCAGUAGCCAAAUUGACUGGCACAUUUGUCCAUAUAUUUCAGCCUACGAAUGCAUUGAGUCUUACCCAAAUGCUUUUAUAUUACUUGAUUUAUCACAAGAAUUAAAUACUCAGGUUAUAGCUCAUGCACCUUAAUAGAUCUCUAUACCCCAGCAGAAUACCGACCUGGAAAAUAUGGUACAGGGCACCUGCCUUAUACAGUAUAAGUCUGAUUAGGCCCUUAAAAUCAUAAAUGGAGAUCUGUCAUUUUCGUUUUUACUUUCCAAAAAAGCUGACAAGUACAAAUUAAUUUUGGAAAUUAAAAUGGAUGGCCAAUAAUGAUCUAAAAUAUUUCAGGGGCUAUACAGUAUCUCAAUUAUGCAAAGAAUACAAAAAAGCUCAUUUAAUAGUCCAAGACGAUUUCAGAUAUUUCGAUGAUUGAACUUACUCUGUGAUUUCUUCAAAAAUUAAUCGAUUAACCGCUUUUUUUGCAAUGUUAAAAUAUUACAGCUGAAAUAAAGGGAUUAUUUUUACAAGUGAACUUAACCAAGACAUAUUUUUGAAUUUUACAACAGAUUUUGAAAUUUUUAAGAUUCAGUCAAAAACAGAUAUGCAAAAUUUAAUUAUGAGAGUUAUCCCUGCUUUAGGGUCAACCCUUUAUUAUAUAUUUACAGAGAUUACUGAAUCUCUAUUAAUUCAAAAAUAUUUAAUAGAUGCAAAUUUAUGGACUAGUGGAAAUGGAGUGAUCUUGAACCAAAAAAGUGGGUAUCAAUAUCCAGCUGAAGGUGCAUUAAUUAUUACUGAUAUGGGCCAAGAAUAUGCUGAUUCUGAAGAAAAGUAUUUAUCAUUCUCAAUUUUAAGCAUAAUAUCAGAUAUUACCAAAAAUACAGAAAACUCAAUUGAGGCAAUUUCAUUGCUUCAAAAAACGUGAAAUUCUCACUAUCAUGAAAAUAAAUUUUCUAUUGUAAAUAUACAAGGCAGUAGCAGAGUCAUAAUUGGGUCAAUUAUUGAUGCGGAAGUUCUUUUAUAUGAAAAUUCCAUUUUUCCUGGUAAAACUUCAGAAAUUCCAAAAUCUGCAAAAAAAAUUCUUAAUCUGAGUAUUGAAGGCGGAACUACAAAUCCAAAUUAUUCUUCCUCCUCAAUAAGCUAUUUAGCAGCUAGAGGCUCAUUUUUAGCUGUAGACUACAUAAACACAGGCAUCUCUGGAAUGCUUCCAAAUUUUCAGCUUGACAUGUUUACUUAUGACUGCGGUGUUUCUAUAUAUAAUGAGACCUUUGCUAAACCUUGCUUUAUAAAGAAUUAUGCUAAUCUCGGCUUAGCCCAUAUACCAUCAUAUGCCUCCCCAGUGGGCCUUGGAGUUUUAAAAUUAUUCACAUCUUUAAAUUGGACUCUUCCUAUUGUGGGUACCUGUUCAGAUCCUGCUUUUAACUCAACUGCACUAUAUCCUUGGUUUCAACGGGUUUGACCGUCAUCUUCAUUUACCUAUCCUUUAUUCUCUGUUUUGCUCCGAUCUCUUGGAUUUAAACAAGCAGCAGUUUUAUAUCAAAAUGAUAGCUGAGGCCAAGGUGGGUAUUAUUAUUUAAGGCUUGGGAUAAGUAAUCAUGAUAUAAAAUUAGUCAAUUCAGAAGAGUCGAGAGCCAUUCCCUCAGCGCUUGAUAGAAAUACAAUAAAAAAUUAUUUAUAUAUUAUGCAAGGAGUUAUAGACUCUCAAGCAAGACUAGUUAUUUUUAUUAUACAGUUUCCGUUAGUGGAGUAUGUAUUAGAAGCUUUCUAUGAUUUAGGGUUGAGAAGGGGAGAUGUAAUUAUUUUUACUGCUGUUCCUGAUAUUUUGACUAGUAUAUCUUAGGCAUGCUUAUAAUAGAAAGAUUUUGUUGAUGAAUGUAUAAAUUAAAUUUUGACCUAAUUUAUAGUUAAAUUAUACUGGUGCUUUUGGCUCGAAACUGAGCCAAAAGCACCCCGUGCCAGUCAGUGUAGUUCACUAUAAUAGAAAAAAUAAGCAGAAUGUAUUUCAACAGUUCUCUCUCUAAAUCGAUAAAAAAAUAAAUCAAAAUUCAAAUUAUGAGCUUUUUAAAAUUUUUUUUAAAAAAUAAUUAUGUUGAAAAUAUAAAAUUCUAAUAGACAAAAAAUAGGAGAUUGUUAUUUAAACAUUUUUCACACUAAAAUUAUUUUUUAUAUUUGAUCUUCUUAAAAAUAAUUCGAAAUUCAAACUACUGUGCUCAAUUUAUUUUUUUUAUCAAUUUUGAAAAAUUUUAUAAAAUUAUUUUUAACUUAAUUUAAUAAACAAAAUGCAAGUAGUAUGCUAGCUAAACAAUUUUUCGCAGGGCCAAUUUAUUUUUUUUAUAUAUCUCUUUAUAAAAUUAAUUAAAAUUCAAACUAUUGUGCACAAUUUAAUUUCUUAAAAAAAUUUAACCCCUCUUUAAUUUAAACGGAUUUUUUGCUCCGAGUUAAAGGGAGAGAAAUCAGAUUAUAUAUAAGAAAUAGUCAAUUUUUUUCCCUUAAGAGCUCUGUAAGGGCAAGUAUUGCAUAUUUUAACAAGUGAUGAUUAUCUAUAUAAAAGAUUGGAACUAGGUGUCCCUAUGCUAACAUUUUUAGGGGAGCAAUGGGUUGGAACAUUUGGACAAGGGAUUCUCUCAAAAAUGUUGCAGACCUACAAUAAUUCUGCUCCAAGCUCAUUUUCAUGCCAUUAUUUUGAUAUAAUUUAUUUAAUAGGGCAUGCUCUAGAUAACAUGAUAAACCGAGGCCAAGACUAUACAAAUCCUUAUAAACUAGAAAAAUUUAUAAGAAAUACCCGAUUUAUAGGCUGCUCUGGGCGUGUGGUACUAGAAAAAGAAAGUAAUGACAGAUUUAUGUCUGUUAUAGACGCCCAAGCGUCUAAAUUUGAUAUUAAUGGAAAUGUUGUCCGAUAUCUUGUAGCAGAGGUAAAACCAGUCAGUACCCAAAUUCUGUAUAUUUAUAAUCCGGUUGUUUAUCCUGACGGAACUACCAAUAAGCCAGACGAUUUAAGAAACCAAAAUUAUGACUGUCCUUUUUCUGAUAAUGAGGUUAAAACCUUUAUUAAAGGACAAAUUCUUGUUUUUUGCAUUUGCUUUGUUAUUGCUUUUAUAUCAAUAAUUAUUAUCUAUUUUAUAUGAAAAAGAUGAUGGAAUAUACCAAUAGAAGAACUCAGAGAAAGGCAAGAAAUUUCUUAUGAAGAUUUCCUAGUUGGAGCGACAAUUGCUAUUGAAUUUUUCCAAUUUGUCUCAAUGGGCCCUAAUAUAUCAUAUUUGAGUUCAAUUUUAGGAAAAUUCAGCAAUUCGCUGACUUUAGAAUUAGCAAAUAUUAUAAAACUCAAAAAUGGGGUGUUUUGAGUAAUCGUUGAUGCUGUGUAUGGACUGAUAAUGCUUUGGACUUUUAUGUGCGUAGUCAUUAUUUUUCGAUUAGAUGAAAAAUCAAAAUUUUGAGUUUUCAGACUUGUAAACUGGUUUGGAGAUUUUUUGAUGCCGAUUUUAGGAAAUUUGUGCUUUAUGCCUUUUAUUUCAAUUUGUCUUGAUAUUUUUGUGUGCGAUCAGUCAAUAGGAAAUAGCUUUACAGACAGUUUUUUGUCAUAUGAUUGCUACUAUUUUUGCUGGAAAGAUGAGCAUUUAGCAUAUGCAAUUUUAUCGAUUUUUGCUUUAUUGUGUUAUGAGCCACUUGCUGUUUUUUGCAGACCGCUUUGGCAAGAACUGCAGCCGAUGCUUCAUGUAAAAGCUGCUCCUUCUUUUUUAAUGAUAAAAACAAUAGUCCAAGUGUCUUUAAUUGUGAUGAAUAAAACAGUAAAAAGAGCCCAAAAUAUUAUUCAUGGAGUUUUAUUUAUUUUUAUUAUGAUUUUUUAUAUUACUUUCCUUUUCAAAUUUAAGCCUUACAACUACUCAAGGUUCAGUUUAUGGCAAAAUUUAAGUUUAAUAGGAGUUACAUGGCAAGCAAUUCUAUCUACAAUUGCAUUAGGCGUAAAAGGAAAUUCCAUAAUUUUAACAGUGCUUUUGUUUAGUGGAUGGUUUAUUAUUAUAGUAUUUGGAUUGUAUAUCCAAAGGAAAAAAUAUCCAAGUUUAUUAUAUAGAAAAAAGCCUCAUGAUACAACAAGCUUAUUUAAAUUCGCUUUUACUUUUGGCAAGACCUCUCACAAAGCUUUGACUAAAAUAGCUCCAUCAAGCAGCUCGUCAGAGCGUCAAAAAAUAAAUAUUUAUGAUAGAGAUUAA